AUGGUUGAAAUUGAGUCAAAAGGAACGCGCAUUGAAAGGAUCAUUGCAUCGAAAAUUGAAAGAAUGAAAAUGGCGAGCUUAAUGAUUUUAUGUGCUUCUGUUAUUUUCUUAAUCCCACAAGUCCUUUUAGCUUAUCAAAAUUCUGUUCAAUUUAUCAGUGUUGAAGCGUUUAUCGUAAAUAUAAUCAAGAAAUCACAUCUUCUGAAAGAAUCAGAAAUGAUUGAAGACAUUUUAGUAUCAAAGAAAAUAAUUAACAUGAUUUGCGAAAUUUCGGAUAAUGUUGGAAAAGUUUAUGCUGUUACCUUCUGGUCGCAACAUUCAAUUUCAUGCUUUCAAUCCCUAACUUUAUCCGAACUUGGAGAAUUAUCAAAUUUUCUUAGUUACGACAACUGCGUUAUUACUGUCCUGGUUUAUUCUUCUUAUAAUGUUUGGAUUAAGCAUUUGGAUGAAAAAUCAAGCGGAAGAAAUUGUGAAAAUUGGACUUCAGAUCCAAUACAAAGUGAAAGCGUCACCAAAAGUCAUCAAAUUUGCUCAACUGCUUUCCUUGCAACUUCAUCAUCGUCCACCACUAAUUUCUUAUGGAGUGUUUGUUGUUGA